AUGGAUACAGUUGUUGCUCAAGAAAAGGAAUUUCUAGAAUCCUACCCUCAAGUUUGUGCUGCUGGCUCCUUGCCAGGCACUCCAGGUAACUUGACUAAAGAACAAGAAAGUGCAUUGGAACAAUUGAAAGAAAUUUUAAUUGCCAAGGAAUACAAACUAAGACUAGACGAUUCGACAUUAUUAAGAUUUUUAAGAGCUAGAAAGUUCGAUGUUAACUUAUCCCUGGAAAUGUACGAAAAUUGUGAAAAAUGGAGAAAAGAAUAUGGCACUGACAGUAUUUUAACUGACUUCCAUUACGAUGAAAAGCCAAUUGUCGCCAAAUACUACCCACAAUACUACCACAAGACUGAUAAGGAAGGUAGACCAGUUUACUUCGAAGAGUUAGGUGCUGUUAAUUUACCUGAAAUGUUGAAAAUUACUACACAGGAAAGAAUGCUAAAGAACUUAGUUUGGGAAUAUGAAUCUUUUGUUAAAUACAGAUUGCCUGCUUCAUCAAGAGCUUUUAACUCUUUAGUGGAAACUUCUUGCACUGUUUUAGAUUUAAAAGGUAUUUCUAUUUCUUCUGCUUACAAUGUUAUUUCUUACGUCAAGGAAGCUUCUGUAAUCGGUCAAAACUACUACCCAGAGAGAAUGGGUAAAUUCUAUAUUAUCAAUGCUCCAUUCGGGUUUUCUGCUGCAUUCAAACUAUUCAAACCAUUUUUAGACCCGGUCACUGUGUCUAAGAUCUUUAUCUUAGGUUCCUCAUAUAAGAAAGAGUUAUUGAAACAGAUUCCAGAAGAAAACCUCCCAGUCAAGUUCGGUGGUAAAUCUGAGGUCGACGAAUCUCAAGGUGGUCUAUACUUGUCUGAUAUUGGUCCAUGGAGAAACGCUGAGUUCAUUGGACCAGAAGGUGAGGCCCCACAUGCAUUUUCAAUGAACUAG